CAGCUGCCUGACGGGUGCGAGCUGACGGUGGGGGAGCUUCGCGACAUGGCUAGCCGGCAGCAGCAGCAGAUAGAGACGCAGCAGCUCCUGGUGGCUCGGGAGCAGCGGCUCAAGUACCUCAAACAGCAGGAGUCCCGCGCUGCCGCCGUCGCUGCCGAGGCCGAGCGACUAAGACGACUCAGAGAACGUGUCGAAGCCCAGGAGGCCAAGUUACGACGUCUUCGUGCCCUUAGAGGCCAGGUGGAAGCUACUCGCCUGAACACAGCCUCCCUCACGACAGACCUUGAUGCUAUGCGACACCUGUUCAGCGAGAAGGAAAAAGAAUUAGUAGUCGCUGUGUCCAAGGUAGAGGAGCUCACACGCCAGUUAGAGGAACUCCGCCAUGGCCGUUCACCUCUCAACCCCAAUAACCAGCAUCACAAUGAACUGGAUAAGCUCAGGCGAGAAUUAUUGUAUCGUAACAGCGUCAACAGAGAAGCCUCAGCUCGUGUGGCAGCUCAACGAGAAACUCUAGCAGCAAGAAGGGAUGAAAUUACUCGCAUAGACAAGCGGGUAUCUGAACUGCAACAACGACUACACCGAAAGAGACUUUUGAACCACCAGCUGGCCUCUCAGAUAACAGCAGCUACUCAGGCCAAACAGGCUCAGUUAAAAGCAGUACAACAAAAGGCACUACGAGAAGGUGUCCACAACGAAACAUCUGUUGAUGAUGCCCACACUCCAGACCAUCUCAAGAUUCCUCGAGGAGAGGAUUUAGGAGAGUUUGGUCCCAACAAAAAUGACCCCAAAUACCAGACUCUGCCCUACAACACCAAAUUUUCUGUCACUUUCAAAUCUAAGAAUGGGCAGGGAGGGGAUUCUGAUUCUGCUCCUUCAACACCAACAAGCAUUGCCCCACCCAGUAUCCUUCCUGAACCCCAGGUGUCAAGUGGACAAAAUGUUCCACAACCUGCUGGCCCACCUAGCACAACAUUAAACAGUGGUCCACCCAGCACAGCAGCGACGAGUGGUCCAACGAGCUUAGCGGCAACAACUAGUGGUCAAGUAACAAACACUACAACCAGUGGACUACCAAACAAUACAGCAGCAAGUGGUACGUCAAACGCUGCACCCGUCAAUGGUUCAGUAGUAACUAGGACUGUCCACAGCAUCCCUACACACCCUCCGUCCCGUGGACUUGCCCACGCUCCAGCACUCGGCCAGUCGCAGCUACCACAGCAGUUGUCUGGUCCGAUCAAGCCAACUCCAAACCCUGCUAUGACUCCCAGAGUGUAUGGCCCAGGAGCACAGCAGUUCAACCAGCGGUCGCAGCCCUUAGGUGGCACAUCUUCAACACAGAAUCAGGACUCACGCACCCUCCUACCCCCCACCUCCCUCUCUGUCUCCUUCACACAGAAAUUGAGUCCUGGGGUAACAUCACAUGCACAGAGUCGAACACUUCUCCUUCCUUCACAUCAUCCUCAGGAUGUGGAGAAUUUACGAGUUCUAGGAAGUAACACUGGCAGUGAGGGAAGUGAAGAUGUAUCCUCAGGAAAUGAGAAUAAUCGUAACAAGCCUGCCUUACCUCCUAAACCAGCUGUACCCUCCAAACCUCUUCCUCCCCCUCGCCAGAAAGGAGAUCCGCUUGCUACCAGUAAUGAGUCACUUAAUGCUUCUCAGUCUUCUGGUCGGGGAGGCAGCCAGGGGCGACCACAACAAGGAUACAGGUAUGCAAGUCAGAAUGUGAUAAUGUCAACAUAUACUCAGCAAACAACUGGCCCAGAAAACCAGCAGGGUGACGGCAGUGAAGAUAACUCGCGUCCCAAAGUUACAAAUAAUGCCACCAACAGUAACAGUGUUAGUGUCAAGGCCGAUACUGAGAGUGGGGAGAAAGUCCAUGUCUCAAUUAAUCGGCGUAUUGAAAUGCCACCAGAUUUUAUGUUCCCAGAAGAUGAGACUCCACCUUCAGAUCUUCUGGGUCGACGAGUGGAAGAAAUAGAGAAUGGAAAUGCAGAAUCUCAAACCUGCUCUAUUAAAGAAAGUGGAACAGAUUCAGUAGAUAAUAUGAACAUGACACCCAUACUACCACUGAGCGAAUUAGAAAAAUUGAGAAUUGAUAAUUCCAAGGAAGACAGGAAUAGUCAAGAUGAUAUUAAUUCUACCUUGAGCAUUGCUCACCUACCCAAUGACGACUCUCGACAGCCAGACGGUGCCGAUACAACUACUGUGCUAAGUGAAGAGGGUCGAUUAGAAGUUGAGGGUGAUAGAAGCAAUGACUCUACUCUUACAACCACAGUAACCACUUCCAAUAUCAACAAUAUUAAUAAUAAUAAUAAUAAUAAUAAUAAUCAUAAUAAUAAUAACUCAAGCGCGGGAGGUGUUGUGGUACGACGUAUAAAAAAGGGUAAUCUCAAGACCAAGAACUCCUCACGAGUACCUCGCAGGGUGAGCUUUGACCCUCUUGCACUUCUCCUGGACGCUUCUCUGGAAGGAGAGCUUGAACUGGUUCGCCGUACUGCCAUGGAAGUUACAAAUCCCUCAGCAGCCAAUGAUGAAGGAAUCACUGCACUUCACAAUGCCAUUUGUGCAGGUCAUCUUGACAUUGUGACAUUCUUAGUAACCUUUGGGUGUGAUGUUAAUGCUCAAGACUCAGAUGGAUGGACUCCACUACACUGUGCUGCAUCAUGCAACAAUGUAGCCAUGGUGAGGUUCCUGGUUGAACAUGGGGCAUGCAUCUUGGCCACAACCUUAUCCGACCAUGAGACUGCUGCUGAAAAGUGUGAACAAGAUGAGGAGGGCUAUGAUGGAUGCUCACAGUAUCUUUAUAGUGUCCAAGAAAAGCUUGGUAUAAUGAAUGGAGGGGUGGUGUAUGGUGUGUAUGAUUAUGAAAGCCAAGCUAGUGAUGAGUUGAACUUCCGUUGUGGUGAUGCCAUCACUAUUCUACGCCGAGGAGACGAGUAUGAACGUGAAUGGUGGUGGGGACAACUACAAGACAUCCAAGGAUAUGUUCCUAGGAAUUUGCUUGGGCUUUAUCCCAGAGUGAAGAAUCUUCCCAGGAUUCCUGAGGAUUUUGGAUAUCAAGAUAUUAUUUAGCAUCCUGUCAACCUACAUAUGCUACAAGAUGGUAGCAGUGAGCUAGAGUUGUUUGGAAAUUUACCAACAUGACAUUUGCCUCCCAUGAAUGGGCACUAGAAAAGGUGGUUAUCAUUUCUUAAAAGUCAUAUCUGUAUACAAAAUGUAAUGUACUAUUUUUGUGCUAAACAGCCGACAUGAAGACAUUGACUUACGGUAUGCCUCUGAAGACUAUUAAUGUUGACGUGAAAGUAAGUUACAGACUUUUUGAUAAUACGGCUUACUUCAUAUAUUUUGGUGGUAGAAAUGUGGCAUGAAUAACUCAAAGAUUGAUAGCUGAUUUUUUUUUCAGAAUUACAAUAUGUACAAUAUAAUAAAACAGGAAAAAAUUCCAAGAAACUGCAUUCGUACCACCAAAAUUGCAUUUUUUUAUAUAUA